AUGACGGACGAAAUUUUGGAUAACAACCGCAGCUACAUCAACCACAGUAGCAACAUCAACCACAGUAGCAACAUCAACCACAGUAGCAACAUCAACCACAGUAGCAACAUCAACCACAGUAGCAACAUCAACCACAGUAGCAACAUCAACCACAGUAGCAACAUCAACCACAGUAGCAACAUCAACCACAGUAGCAACAUCAACCACAGUAGCAACAUCAACCACAGUAGCAACAUCAACCACAGUAGCAACAUCAACCACAGUAGCAACAUCAACCACAGUAGCAACAUCAACCACAGUAGCAACAUCAACCACAGUAGCAACAUCAACCACAGUAGCAACAUCAACCACAGUAGCAACAUCAACCACAGUAGCAACAUCAACCACAGUAGCAACAUCAACCACAGUAGCAACAUCAACCACAGUAGCAACAUCAACCACAGUAGCAACAUCAACCACAGUAGCAACAUCAACCACAGUAGCAACAUCAACCACAGUAGCAACAUCAACCACAGUAGCAACAUCAACCACAGUAGCAACAUCAACCACAGUAGCAACAUCAACCACAGUAGCAACAUCAACCACAGUAGCAACAUCAACCACAGUAGCAACAUCAACCACAACAACAAAAAUAACAACCAAAUAACCACAGCUACGUCAACCACAGGCCUGGCCGGGAGCGCCUGGCUCUCGGCCGCUCACUGGGGCGUCUCCGCGGCGUCUCGCUGUGAGGGAGGGAUCAAUAAGGCUCACAUUUCGGCCUUUCGAUACUGGGUGAUGGCCGUAAGAGCAUUCCGUGUGAUCGGUGGUACUUCCAAGAGAGGGAAUUCCGCCAUCUAUGAGUUGACCGAGGAAACAGAAGCUCGAAUCUUAGCAAGACGGUAA